UAGCCGAGUCUUCCCCGCCGCCGCCGCUCCUCCUCCUCCUGCUCUCUGUGGGCGGAGCGGGACACGAAGGCAGGAAGCGGCCAUGGCGGACUGGGGGCGAGGUCAGAAUGCCAAUGCUGUGGAUGAUAUGUUAGAUGUGGAAAACAAGCGUAUGACCGAAAACCUAGCCUCCAAAGUCACCCGGCUAAAAUCGCUUGCACUGGACAUUGACAAAGAUGCUGAGGAUCAAAAUCACUACUUGGAUGGCAUGGAUUCUGAUUUCAUGAGUGUGACAGGCCUUCUGACGGGGAGUGUGAAGCGUUUCUCCACUAUGACGCGGUCGGGAAGAGACAAUCGUAAACUUCUUUGCUACGUCUCUGCUGGACUGAUUGUUGUCUUCUUCAUCCUCUAUUAUUUGGUGACAAGAGCACGGACUUGAGUAACUCUCAAGAUUUUGUAUUGGAUAGUUGUUGAAGAGGGGAAAAAACUGAUGAUGAAAAUGGUUUUGGAAGAUCUUCAGAUCCUGAAAAUAUUAUUCAAAUGUUGACAGUGAUCCAGAGGCACCUCUGUGGAUUUCAUUAUCAUCUCUGGAUUGUUUUGACGCGCUCUCUUAAAAAGAAUAUAAUUUAUUCUGUCACUGUUCCUUUGAAAAUUUAAAUGCAGCACAAUUCACAUCCUUGUUGAAACCAAGUCUCUAUAGAAUACCUUAUUCUCUCUGCUGUCUGGGUGGGAAAGCAUGCUGGUGAUGCCACCUCUUAUAAUUUUGUGGUCAGCAGGAAAAUCCUGACACCCAGGUCAGAGAUGUUCAAGUGCCCAAUUUAAAUGAAAAAAUACUACCUGGAGGACUGUGAUGCAUCUCUUGAGAACUAAUUGUGUUAUGGACAACUUCUUCCUAGAAAAGUAACUUUGAAUUUAUUUCCACUUCUGUUAACACCAGCAUUUAUAAGUAGUCAAACAAUCCUUUUUGCCUAUUACUCUCAAGGACUUGCUUAGUAAAACAGAGAAUAUUCCUCAAUGAAGGAAGAGUGAGAACUUGCACAAAUGAUUUAAUCUCAUUUUUUUCCUUCUUGUUUAGUCUGCCCCCUGACCAGAUUAUUUAUAUUUGUUUCUUGUUAUACAAACCUUACCUUAUAGCAAGUUAAUGUAUAUUCGCUUUAAAAAGUUUGUCCAAAUCAUCCUUUCUGUUAAAGAAUUUUAUUGAUUCAUUGA